AUGGAACUGAGGGCUUCUAUAACAGAACCAGUCUUCCAGAAGAUCAAGAUUCCUAUAGGAGUGUUUUUGAUGAUCACCAUAACUCUACUUAUCUGCCUUUGGGGACUCGUGGGAAAUGGAGGCACCAUCUCGCUCCUUGGGGUCCGGAUUAAGAGGAAUAACUUCUUGACUUACUUCCUGAAUCUCUCCAUUGCUGACUUUGGUGUGCUCAUAGGUCUCAGUUGUGAUAAUCCUUAUGUCUAUGAAUAUGCCUAUAUUUGUUCUUCCUUAAAUAGCACCAUUAACCCUCUCAUCUAUUUUCUGGUAGGAAGAGACAAAAGCCGAACAUCUAGAAUGAAAAUCAAAGUAAUAUUUGGGAAAGUUUUUAAGGAAGAGGAAAGCCAUGGAAAGAAUAUUGAAACCUCAGUCACAACCAAAUCAGAUGUAUAA